CAGCCGCCACUGCAGCAGCACCUUUUUCCUAAUUUCGGCCACCCGUUCCCUUCCUUCGGGGAGCAGAGACAUCAUCAGGCUUUCAGCCAUGAGAUUCACAUGGGCAUGACUUCUUCUUCUCCGACUAUGUGUUUAGGUCUCUGGUUGGGACACGAUGUCAUCACAAUGUUAUUCGACGACAAGGAUGUUCAGAAGGACAUGAAACUUGUAUCUUACAAGAUUGUGAACAAGGUUAUGAACAAAUCUAUAGUUCUGAUGGAAAGAGGUGAAGUAAGUGAAGAAAAUGCAGCGAAGACGACGAAGAAGGUGUUUGUCACCAGAGCAACUGGAAAAACAGGGAAGAGGAUUGUGGAGCAGUUGUUGUCCCGUCGUUUCGCCGUCAAAGCCGGUGUUCGCGAUGUGGAGAAAGCAAAAACAUUUUUCAAAGACGACCCAGCAGACGUGACAGAAGGUCCUGAGAAGCUAGCUAAAGCUAUAGGUGAUGAUUAUGAAGCUGUGAUUUGUGCUACUGGGUUUCUCCUCGGGUUUGAUCUCUUCGCUCCUUGGAAGACUGAUAAUUUCGGGAACCCAAUCUUGCUGAAUGGAGCUGCGAUGGGACAGAUUCUGAAUCCAGCUUACAUCUUCCUCAACGUCUAUGGACUAACUCUGGUCGCAAAUCUUCAAGCCGAGAAAACCGGCAUUAACUAUACUACAGUAAGGCCCGGUGGUCUUAAAAAUGAUCCUCCAGCAGGAAACAUAGUCAUGGAACCAAAGGAUACUCUGUCUGCAGGGAGCAUAUCGAGAGACCAGGUCGCAGAAGUUGCAGUGGAAGCUUUACUUCAUGAGGAAUCAUCUUUCAAG